AUGCCCAUCAACACCGAGACCCAGACCCUUCCGGUCCCCCUCUACACCAAUCCCAAGAAGGGCUCCCUCCGUCUUCGUGGUAACCACGUCGAGCCAAGCGCCGAGGCUUUCCCCGAGCUCGACACCAAGGGCUACACCGUUGUCAAGAAUGUCAUUUCCGCCGAGAAGGCUGCCGGCUACGUCGACCGCAUGUACAACUGGCUCGAGGGCUUUGGCAACGGGUUCAAGAAGGACGACCGGUCCACUUGGCGCGUAGAUAAGCUCCCUUACUUCUCCAAGGGUGGUCUUUACAACCGACACUGCGCUGGUCAGGAGCAGGUCGCUUGGGACAUCCGAUCCGAGCCCGCUCUCAUCGAGGUCUUUGCCAAGAUCUGGAACACUGAGGAACUCCUCUGCUCCGUCGAUGGCAUGAACAUCUCCCUCCCCCUUCCCGCCGAGGACCUCGAGGGCGACCGUGGAUCCGCUUGGCCCCACGUCGACCAAUCCCCUAACCGUCGCUUCAAGCACUGCGUCCAGGGCAUCAUGAAUCUCGCUGAGAACGGUCCCAACGACGGCGGUCUCAUGGUCCUAGAGGGCUCCCUUCCACUCUACAACGAGUACUUUGAGACUCACGAGAAGGAGUUCAUGCCCAAGGAGGGCUGGACAUGGCGGGAUUCCUACCACUUUGCGGCCGAGGGUCAGCUCCAGUGGUUCUACGACCGCGGGUGCACCUGGAAGAAGGUCGAGGCUGGACCUGGUGAUGUCAUCCUCUGGGACUCGAGGUGUAUCCACUACGGUGCCGCUGCCCGGGGUGACCAACCGCGAGUAGCAACUUAUGUUUGCUACAAGCCCGCCGCCGACAUUGAGCCCGAGAUGCUCGACCUUCGCAAGAAGAUGAUGGCCGAGGGUCACCUCACUUCGCACGACCCCCUCCUCUUCCGCUUGACCGGUUCCAAGAUCUUCCCCAAGGAGCGCGAUGACGAGCGAACUGAGGUCACCAAGCCCGCCGUCCUCUCCGACCGGGCCUUGCAGCUUGCGGGUGUCAAGGCAUACUAG